UGUGUGUGUGUGUGUUACUGUGGUUGUGUGAAUGUUUAAGUUCCACAUCCUGCUGUUGGUCAUUUCACUUUGAAUAUAUAAAUAAUGUUUGAUAGCGACGCUUAAGAAAUACAAAAUCAAACGAGAAUUCUAUAACAGAAUUAACGAACAUCGAAUUUCCAAUUCUACAGUUUUACCCUGAACGCAGCGCAGCGGUCAGGAAGUAACGGAGCAGCGCGGAGUGAAAUAAUGAGACUAUUCUUCUGACUUCCGGACACUUUGCUGCUCUAACGUUCAUCGAAACCGCGCUGUCAUUCAUAAGGAUACAACAAGCCGAGCCGAGCCGAGCCAUGGCUAGUAUCCAGAUCCGGAAGUAUAAGGACGAAGACGCCGAGGUGGUGAAGGAGAUCUUCACUUUGGGGAUGAGCGAGCACAUCCCGUCCUCCUUCAUGCACAUCCUCAAACAGCCUCCCACCCAGAUGGUGCUCAUGUGCACCUUCUGCGCCCUCCUGACCAGCUCCAAGUCCUUCCUGCUGCCCGUGCUGGCCGUCACGCUCGUCCUGGCCGCCGCCCGGCAGCUGGUCGUGUACAUGUUCAACAAAUACAUCGACACCUCUCUCAAGAAGGACCUCGACACCAUCACAGAGACCUACCUGAGGCAGAAGGACUCGUGUUUCUGGGUGGCAGAAUACGACGGCCGGGUGGUGGGCACGGUGGCUUGCCUCCCUAAUGAGAACGCCCCCGCGUGCUUGGAGUUGAAACGUGCGUCCGUGAGCCACAGUCAUCGCAGGAUGGGCAUCGCUAAAGCUCUGUGUCGGACGGUCGCCGAUUUUACCCGCGACAGGGGUUACGCAGCAGUCGUCCUGUACACCUCCACGGUGCAGACGGACGCUCAGAAGCUGUACGAGCACAUGGGCUACGAGAAGAUCCGAGAGUUCCUCGUGCCCAAGUUCAUCGCCAAACUCAUGAACUUCACUCUGAUCGAGUACAGAUUAGAUUUACAGAAAGACACACAAAACAACUGAGACCAGAGAGACUGUUUAACUUUUUCAGGGGCGACAUUAACCGUCCGUUCAGCAGGUUUAUAGGCGUCUGUGUACCCAGCAUGCAUUGCAGUAAUGGCAACAAAACUCUCAGGACACGUCAGGUGACACUAUCAACAUGAGGGACUGUUUACUCCACACACACUGGCAGUGAGAGGUUGAUCAUGUUUUCUUUUGUCACACACACACACACACACACACACACACACACACACACACACACACACACACACACACACACAUACACAUACAUUAAAUCAUCUGCUCUGUCCAUGCUCAGGCUUUUAAACGAUUUUGUUUUUGAUUAUUUAAUUUUGUUGAAUCAUGUAAUGUUUAUUAUGACAUGUGAUCGUGGUCAGGUCACCUUGUGAAAGAGAUCUUGAUCUCUACGGGUUAUUUACCCGCUUAAAAAAAAAAAAAAGAUCUUGAUCUACAUUCUACUGAAAAAAAAAAAAAAAGUUAUUUGAUAAAUUGUUGGACCUGAUCAUUUCGUUUUGUUUUGACCAUCAUGGAUGUGUCACUUAGAUUUUUUAUGCUGCAUCCAUGUUCUCCUCAAACGGCCCUAUCUGCCAAAUUCAGAAGUCAUUCUUCCAACUUCUUGUGUUCAUGAACUCUUACUCGCGGUUUCCACGGGUUCUGUGUUGUGCAGCGUUCUGUCUCUGCCGUGGUCUUGCUCCGUCCGACUGCGCAUGCCCGAUAUACCCCACUGGGUCUGUUUCUGAAGCGUAAGCGUGGCUGUACUCGCAGGUUCACAAGAUCACACGUGAACAAAGAGAACAACGUGCAAACAACACCUUACUUUGUCUUUCCGAGGUCGAGUUGUAGCUCAUUCGGCGGGAGUCAGGCGAUUGUGUUUUAUUUUGAAAUGCUCUGUGCGUUUCAGUGGGGGUUCUAGACCACUUUUACUGAGGGGGCCAAACUGGGGCCAGUUGUUUUAUCAGAGGGGAACAUUAAACCCAGGUGAAAAAUAGACAAAGAUGAUUGCUUUAAAAAAUAUCUAUAUAUUUAUGCCAAAUAAUAGCGCACAUCAUUAAAUACCAUGAUUUAUAUUUGUUUCAGUAACAGAAUUUAAUACUAGAUUAGGAGUCAAAUACUGUGUUAUUAGGGGGGUGCUUCCUUUUGGAGGGGUGGCCACAGGGGGGACCAGCCCCUGUUGGCCCCUGUUGGCCCCUGCCUAGAACCGCCCAUGGUGCGUUUCUUUGCCUGACUUCCUGUUUGGGUCGAUCUGCUGUGUUCAGCUUGACACGUACUUGCAGCAGGUUCUGUCGACAAUAGACUCGGAGCGUGUUUGAAACGGAGCAGAGUGGCGCUGCUGGCGCGCUCCAGAGACGGAUCGCGUCGCGUUGAACCGGUGUUUGAUAAACUCUCCAAUACGCGGCGCAGACGUAACGCGGGACGCACGGAUCCUUUGGAAACUGCCAGUUAGCGGGUAACGUUUGAGCUAAGUUAAUGUUACAAAAAAUAUGUUGUUUUUUUUUACUGCAUUCGUAAAAACACUAAAAUGUUGUUUUCACUGACUUUUUUCAGGGUCGGUGCUAAAAAUAACUUAUUGAAUAAUCCAACUCUUUCUACAUGUAACAAACUGAUUUUACAAAAUGUUUGCAGAAACUUGAUAUGCAAAAACAAGAAUUAAUAAAAAGUUUCUGAUAAUCCA